AUGCGCUCCUUCCCCCGUCAACUGAGGGGGCGGCGGAUCGUCCGCGCCCUUGCUUUCAUCUUCCUGGUGUGGAGCGUCGUCGAGGUGCACUACAUCAGCCGUAACCUGCAGCAUGGCACCCUUAUGACGACGGGUCCUCCACUUCCCGACUCCCCCUCGGAGCUGGAGUCCAGAGAGGACCACGAGAGAAACGUGCGGGCCGUCAGGGAGCGCCGGUGGGAGGACUCAAUCGGCUCGCUGCAGCAGUCCCUGAGCCUGAAGCGCCGGCCGCGCAUCUACAUCGCCAGCCUGCACUGGAACAACGAGAAGAUCCUGCGCAGCCACUGGAACGCCGCCCUGCUGCACCUGGUGCGCGUCCUAGGCCCCGAGAACGUCUUCGUGGCCGUCCACGAGGGCGGCAGCUGGGACGGAUCCGCCGCAGCCCUGCGCGAACUCGAUGCGGAGCUCGGUCGCCUCGGCGUCGCCCGGGACAUCGUCAUCGACAGCAGGACCCACAAGGAGGAGGUCGAGAACGUGCCGCCCGAGGGGACGCCCGGCUGGAUCGAGACGCCACGAGGGAGGCGUGAGCUGCGGCGCAUCCCCUAUCUUGCCCGCCUGCGCAACCGAUCCAUCGCUCGGCUGCGGGAGAUGGCCGAGGCUAAUGAUUGGGGCAAAGGUGGGAACGAGACGCUGGUUUUUGACAGGGUACUGUUCCUAAACGACGUCGUCUUCUCCGUCGACGACGUGCUGGCUCUGCUGUUGACCAAGGGGGGCCACUACGCCGCCGCCUGCUCCAUCGAUUUUGCAAAACCACCCGAGUACUACGACACCUUCGCACUGAGGGACAUCGAAGGGCAUGAACAUGCCACGCACACCUGGCCCUUUUUCCGCUCCUCAGAAUCCCGACAGGCCCUGAAGUUGAGCCUUCCGGUUCCUGUCAAAAGCUGUUGGAACGGCAUUGUUGCCAUGCCCGCCAGCAUCUUCACAGCCAGGGAGUCGCCGCUACUGUUCCGCGGCAUACCCGACAGCCUGGCGGUGCGGCAUCUCGAGGGGUCCGAAUGCUGCCUGAUCCACGCCGACAACCCGCUCUCCGCCACGCGCGGCGUGUGGCUCAACCCCAACGUCCGCGUCGGCUACAAUGGCGACGCCUACGACGCCGUCCACCCCUCCGACGGCCAGGCUUGGCUGUCCUGGUGGGACAUCUGGGCCGGCCUCUGGAGGAAUCGGCUGAGGAGGAUGACCGCCACCCCCGCGGUCAAGGAGUGGAAGGUCAGGAGGCUGGUCGAGAAGUGGAGGUUCUCAGGUGGCGACGCACCAGGAAAGGACGCGGUGGUCCAUAGGAGAGACGAAAAGGGCAUUUUCUGUCUGAUUAACGAGAUGCAGGUGCUUGCCGAGAAUGGAUGGGCUCACGUGUGA